AUGGCGAGCCUAGACGGCAUCCUGAUCGGAAUUUUAUCCUCCUUUGGCUCUGCCAUCCUGAUAGCUUUGAUUUUCCUUAUCGUAUACUUCUUCAGAUAUACAACUUCCGGACGCAUCUUCCUCGGCCGGAUCGGCCGGCCUGGCGAAUAUGACGACGAGCAGGCAUUUGCUAGAGAGGAGGCGGAGGCCUUGGAGGUGAUGGAUGAUAUGCAGAGGACGGAGUACCUGAGAGCGAAAGCAUUUAUUCAAGCGAACCCGCCCGAGUCACUUCAAACAGACAUUUCUUUAUCGCAAUAUCUAGCCAUACAGGAGAAGGGUGUUUCAGCGUGGGAGUUCGAGCCGGAACUGGAAAUCGCCAACUGCUUCGUCGAGGCGAGAACUGAGAUUGAAUUCUUCGAUUCGGAAUGCACAGUCAUGAGCAAUUUGCCGGUACCAAAACAGAACGAAGUAUACUACUGGGAAGCCAAGAUCUACGACAAACCCGAGACCACACUACUUAGCAUUGGCAUGAGCACGAAACCUUAUCCAUUAUUCAGACUUCCAGGCUUUCACAAACAUUCUGUCGCAUAUACUUCUACCGGUGCCCGACGGUUCAAUCAACCAUUUAGGGCGAGCACCUACGGGCCUGGAUAUGUUCAAGGCGACGUUAUCGGCGUUGGCUACCGUCCUAGGACAGGCACCAUUUUCUUUACGCGCAACGGCAAGCGACUAGACGAUGUGGUUCAUGGUUUGAAAUCUCAAAACUUUUUUCCAUCUGUCGGCGCGAACGGACCGUGUACUGUACACGUCAACUUCGGCCAGGCUGGUUUCGUAUUUAUCGAGGCAAACGUAAAGAAAUGGGGAUUGGCCCCAAUUACCGGCAGUCUGGCACCGCCGCCACCUUACGGAAGCGAACAGGGAAGCAUUCUACUCGAGACCGGACGCAGGAAAGACGAGCAACCCGGGUCGCCUUCGAGGACACACGGUUAUACGCAAUCGGUUCAACGGUAUACUAAUAGUGGUGGUCCAGGCUUAAAUCCAGGACAUGGGCGGACAAGAAGUGGCAAUUUUAGAGUACUUCCGCCUACGAGUCCAGGACCACAAAGAAGUCCUACUGAUAUUUCCCUUGCGCAGCUGGUUCCUUCGGAUGAAACAGGCGAAGCUAGCAAUGCUAUCAACGCUAGCGGGGACCAAGUCGUCGAUGUUGUCGGACUAGGUUUGCACGAAGCGUCACAUCCGCCACCUGAAUAUACUAGUCCGGAACACUCGGAUGAAGAUAGCUCGGGCAGCGGUUCCGAUAGCGAUCACGUUCCACUGAUCAGGUCAGGACGUAGCCGCGGGGCAUCCGCAGCUACUAUAAGACCAAGCAAUCCCCCAAUUCCUAGCUAUAGUGACGCUGUUCGACAAGGUGCUGGUAGGGACAGGAGCCGUAGCGAAAGCGCCAUGCCCAGCCGGAACGGCACGCGAACAGGCUAG